GCCAAAGACCCCGAGAGGGACCCCAAGCGCGGAGCCCCCCAGGGGCGCUGGCGCAGGAACAACCGGCUUACCCUCCCCUCAGAGUGGACCAGAGGAGAGAACUGGAGAUCCCCCAGUAGCCCAUGCAGUAAUCCCCGGGGCCAGCAGCAACGAGCCCACAGACCCCACCGGGACCCACUAAGCCGGAGCAGAUCUGGCUAUGGACACAGAGGCUCCCCCAGGGCACACCACCCCAGCCAGGAUCCAACAGGGCCAGAGGACCCAAGCCCCACCAGGCCGAGCCGGCACCAGUCACCAACCGGAAUACCAGACCCAUCCCCGGCACCCCACCAAGCCCCGAACCAACCACAGCCCAGUCCCCUACCAGACGGUCUGCCCCUCCUUCAGACCCCAACCCCAAAUGGCAAAUGAGGAACAGUGGAGUGAAAAAGACCCAAACACACACCUCCACCCUCAGAUGUGCUGUUGAUGCGUGUUGUUUUAUUGUGCUAUUAAAAUGGGACAGAAGGGGCGGRGGCCGGCACAUACCCCUACUCGAUUGAGACUAGGCAGUGCCAGUUCUCCCCCACCUCAACUCUAGUCCAAAACCCUAAAUGUCUACAAGCAGCCUUUGGGAGUGGGCACAGGCAUCAGUGGCGAGACUGGCAUACAGAUGGCAGCAGCACCGCCAAGCCCAGGAAGCUCUAGGCCACGGAAGGAUAGAGGGCCACCAGGAACCAGAACCAACAACCCACCCACCCCAGAGCUGUCCAGACCCCCAAGACCCGACCCCCAGCAYCACAGCCAGCCCACAACCCAAAGACGCCACUGAACCCCAACAARGAAGAUUCAGCCAAGAGCACCUACCCACCCCAACAACCCACCAGGUACAUCUGACCACAGGUUCUGUCUGAGGGGGAACAUAAACAGGCUUAUAGACGUAUAGCUAAUAGAUGG